AUGUCUGAAAAUAUCUGUCUAACUCUUAAAGAAAGAAAUAAACUUAAGAAUGCCUUCCAAAACAAAGUUGUAAAAGGAGAAAAAAUCACUCAAAAAGAACAAACAGAAAUAGAAAAGUAUAUAGAAAAAUUACAACAAAAUAAAGGAGAAUAUAAAUAUGCAUUUGAAGAAACAAGUGACAUGAAAAACUUUAAUGAGUUAGUUCCUGACAUGAAAAGAAAAUAUGAUUUUGAACUUGAUACAUUUCAAAAACAAGCUAUUUAUCAUAUGGAAUUAGAUGAACAUGUUUUUGUUAUUGCACAUACUUCAGCUGGUAAAACAGCUACAGCUGAAUACGCUAUAUCUAUUGCAAAGUCUAAAGGAAUGAAAGCAAUUUAUACGUCACCAAUUAAAGCAUUAUCAAAUCAAAAGUAUUAUGAUUUUAGAAAAAUUUUUGGUAAAGUAGGUAUUAUGACAGGAGAUGUUGUUAUUCAAGGAGAAGAUGAUCUUGUUACUAUCAUGACAACAGAAAUUCUUCGUUCUAAAUUAUAUCAAGACUCUAAAUUUAUUGAACAAGUAGAUUGGGUUAUUUUUGAUGAAGUUCAUUAUGUUAAUGAUGAAGAAAGAGGUGUAGUUUGGGAAGAAGUUAUUAUGAGUCUUCCAAAACAUGUAAAAAUGUUAAUGCUUAGUGCAACUGUAGAAAAUGCUAUUAAUUUUGCUGAAUGGAUUGGAAGAACAAAAGAUCAAAGGGUGUGUCUUGUAAAAACGUUAUAUAGACCAGUUCCACUAGAACAUUAUGUUUUUUGUAAAAAAAAAGAAGAACUUCCAUCAAAACUUAUAUUAUUUAAAAAAGGAGAAAGUACUUUCCUUUUAAAUAAUUAUACUGAAGCAUAUCAACGUAUUGUUCCUAAAUUUUCAAAAAAUAGAAGAGUAAAAGAUCAAUUACAUGGAGUUAAUUCAAUAGAAGAAUUAAUUAAUUAUUUAGAACAUGACACAAAACUUCCUGCUGUCUUCUUUAUUUUUAGUCGUAAAUUAGUUAUGGACUAUGCUAAGAAAUUAGCAAAAGCAACUAAAUUUGAUACUAAUCCAUAUAAGAUCAAUAGCUUAUUUAAAGAAAUGACUGAAGGACUUGUAGACUCUGAGAAAAAUUUACCUCAAAUAAGUGAAGUAAAGUCAUUAUUAAUGAGAGGAAUUGGAGUACAUCACGCUGGAUUAAUUCCAUUCUUAAAAGAAAUUGUAGAAGUACUAUUUUCCCAAGGAGAUAUUAAAGUACUAUUUGCUACUGAAACUUUUGCAAUGGGAGUAAAUAUGCCUGCUAAAUCUGUAAUUUUUCCUUCUGUUGAAAAGUUUGAUGGAAAAGAAACUAGAUUUUUAUUACCAGGAGAAUAUACACAAAUGGCAGGAAGAGCAGGUAGAAGAGGUAAAGAUGCAGCAGGAAAUGUUAUUAUCUUUCCUAAUCAAGUAUUACCAUCUCCAAAACAAAUGCAAGAAAUAUCAUGUGGAGCACCAGCAAAGAUGAUUAGUCAAUUUUAUAUUACAUAUUGGAUGAUGUUAAAUUGGGUAUGUUUUGGAGGAGAUGAUCUUACACAACAAAUGAUGAAAUCAUAUUCAAAAAUUGAUUUAUUUGAGAUGGCUCAACGAAAUAAUUUAGCUGAAGAAGCUAGAAAAUUACUUCAACAUACUACUACUGUUUGUGAAAAUCCUGAAUGUGAUCAUGAAGCAUUAGACAUUAUUAAAAAAGAAGUUAAAGACAUUAAAAAAGAAAUAACAAGAGAAAUAAUUGAAGCAAAAUUUAAAGGAGGCAAUAACUUUAAUAUUAAUGGAAGAGUUAUAAAAUUUAGAGCAGAAAAUGAGAAAAGGUAUUUUGGAGUUAUUAUUGAACCAUUAGACAAUGGAUCAAUGGUGUAUUAUUUUGAUGAAAAGAAAGGGAUGAAUGAAUUUAUAUUAUUCAGUGAUAUGAUUGCUAUUUAUCAGAAACAGUUUAAAGCAAAAGGAGGCAACAAUUAUUCAGAAGCACUUCUUGAAAUAGAAAACAACCAAAGGCAAGCUUUAUAUGAUAGGUUAGUAGGAUUUAAAAAAAAUAGAGGAAAAGAACCAUUUUUCCAACCAUACCAAAGUGAAAAAAAAAGACCAAAAGAUUAUAGUUCUCUUAUACAACAAUACAAUGAACAUAUAAAAAUAAUGAAAGCAAUGCCAGCAUAUUCAUGUGUUGCUUAUAAAUAUGGUGAAAAAGAAGAUAAGGCACAAAGACAACUUGAAAAAAUGAUUGAUGAAAUUACAGGUAAAUACCAAAUGAACAAAGAACGAGUUGACAGAGAAUUAAAUUUAAGAUUGGAAGUACUUAAACAUUUUAAUUUUGUUGAUGAGCAUAAUUUAUUAACAUUAAAAGGAAAAGUGGCAAAGGAAAUGGUUAGCUCAGAUGGAAUGAUUUUAACUAAUAUGAUGUUUGAUGGAGUAUUAAACCAAUUAGAAAUUCAUGAAAUGGCAGCUAUUUUCAGUGUAUUUGUAUUUGAACCAAGCAAUGAAUCACAAGAAGAAUUAAUUGACCACUUUAGUUCUCAAACAAAAUCAUUAAUGAAUCUUGUUGACCAAUACGCAAUGGAAAUUGUUGAUUACGAAGACUCUCUAAAUAUGGAGUAUAAUAUUGAAAAAUAUGUUAAAUUAAAUUUUGGUCUAAUGGAAGGAGUUGCUUUAUGGGCAUUAAGAAAACCAUUUAAUGAAGUUAUUGAUUCUUCAGCCACUACUGAAGGGUUAAUUGUUAGAUGCGUGUUAAGAAUGGAACAAGUUUGUGAAGAAGUAAUAAAGGCAGCACAAAUCAUUGGAAAUGAAGAGUUACUCAAUAAAACCACUCAAUUACUUGGAUUACUAAAAAGAGAUAUUAUUAAUGUAAAGAGUUUGUACUUAAGAGAUACUGCUGUAGUGGAAGGUAAAACUCAUGUUGAAUCAUUUAAGGGUAUCAAUGUUGAUACUAAUGAUGAUCUUGAAGUGUUAUGUAAUGAAAAUAAUGGGGAAAUUGUUUUAUCUGAUGAAGAUGGGGUUAAUGAAAUUUCUUUUGAUGAAGAAGAUGAAACGUCUCACACCAAUAAUAAAAUAAGUGAAAGAACUCAACCAAGUAAUGAAGGAGAAAUUGAAAUUGAUUUUUAA